AUGUCCAAGUUCCGCUUCGGCGCGCCCUCGCCCAAGCAGUUCAUCGAGAAGCUCGCCGCCAACGACGCGUCCACGACCUCGGUCGACCUCUCGAACAACGCUUUAUUCAAGAUGAAGGCCUACGAAUACACGGGCCAGUUGGUAGCCGCCCUCAAGAAGAACACGCACUGCACUUCCUUAAUUUUGAAGAGCAAUGAGAUCGGCAACGCGGAAUGUACGUAUCUGAAGGAAUUGCUACUCACGAACACGUCACUCACGACCUUGGAUUUGGAGGGCAACAAGAUCGACUCGGAGGGGGCGAAAUUAAUAGCGGAAGGCAUCCAGAAGAACAAGACCCUCACUACUUUGAUAUUACUGUCGAACGGAAGCUUCGGCGAGGGCUGCAUGGAUUCCUGGUUGGCCGCAUUUAACGACAACGUCACGCUCACGACGCUCAAGUGGCGCCUCGACUCGCGCAAGUCCUUCAAGCUCAACAAGGACAUCACGCGCAACAACUCCAUCGUCAAGUGGCGCGCCGACGGCAAGGACUGGGAGACGCUGUUACCGGACCACCUCAAGCCGGCGCGGCUCCGCGGCGCCGCCCAAUAA